AUGUCUUUCGACUCGUACUCUGUCCAGGAGGUCAUUGAGUCCGUGGCAAGAUCCGGAGUAAUAAAAGGACACACGCGAUUAGACAGGGUGUUUUUAAGCUCUGUAUCGGCUGGCUGCCUGCUGUCUUUUGCCUGUGCCACUGCUUUAAGCACGAACUCGUCGCCCUGGUUCGCGGAAAAUGCCCCUGGCUUGAUUCGCACGAUCGGCGCUUUGGUAUUCCCUUAUGGAUUGUGCAUGAUUAUUUUAACGGGCGCGGACCUUUGUACCGGAUCUUUCAUGUAUACCACAGUUGCGGCUCUGCAACGAAAGCUUCCCUGGUGGAAGAUGCUGGCCCAUUGGGUGGUCACGUUUUUUGGUAAUUUGGCAGGGUCGCUCUUUAUGGUGGCCAUCAUCUUUGGUUAUGGUGGAAUUUUUGACGCCGACCCUUUCAAGUCCGAGGUGAUCACGUUUGCGACUAAAAAGCAGGUUACACCUGACUUUCACAUGGGACGUGAUCUCGCGUCUAAGAUCAUGGGUAUCUGGUGGCCGAUUUUCGCUUUCGUUUCUCUCGGCAUGGACCACGUUGUUGCCAACAUGACGUUUGUUCCCCUUGCUAUCUGGUUGAAAGCGCCUGAAAUUUCUGUUGGUUUAUACAUUUGGAAGGGUAUCAUCCCUGCUUUAAUCGGCAACAUUCUCGGUGGUGGUGUAUUUUGCGGAACGUACUAUUGGUACAUGUAUCUUCUGGAUGUGAACACGCUUUCCAUUCCCGGGCUGAAGAAGAGCGGGAGUGAGACGCAAGCUGUUACUCCAGAGACAUACCCCACAAAGGAUGGGGACAUCGAGGCCAAUGCCGGAACCUCAAGUGGUGUAUAUUCUGGAACUUCAAAUGCUGUGUAG